ACGCUUCAAACCACCUUUUAAGUGGAGAGUACUGAUUGCCCUGAGAUGAUCUGCAGGGAAAUUUUCUUACAUCAUUUUUACCACCAUGCUGAAAGGAUAAAACCUUUGAAGUAUUUCUUAAUGAAGGAGAGAAAGAGUUUCAGGAACUGUUAAACAAAUGCAGCCGGAGGUGCCACUUCUGGAACAACAGAAACCCAAGAUCUGAUGAGGAUGUGGAGAAACUACUGCAGGACCUUAAACACACAGAGAUGCAUGAAUCACGUUCAGCAAAAAGUCCCCGAAAUGAAAUGCAACAUAAGGACUGUAACCCCUCGUCUACUUUCCUGAAUUAUGAAAGAGGAAUGAAGUCAGAAAAGCCAAAAACCACAGAGACACAAAUAAACAGAAAAGUUAUAAGAGUUUUAUUCCUUGGUAUGACGAGGGUGGGAAAGACCUCCAGCAUAGAGACUCUUAGCAAACGUUUAGAUCGUAAAACUCCCCAAACUCCAGUUUAUAAUCACACCAGAUCUGGACUGAAUCUGAAGCUGGUAGAAUCUCCUGGAUUUGAUGAAAAUGAAGAAGAAAUUGAGGAAGCCAUCUCCAAAUCUCUGUCUGACUGUGAUCCUGGACCCCAUGUCAUUAUCAUAGUGCUGAGUGUGGGUCGCUUCACUCCAGCAGCAAAGAAAACCAUGAUGCUUGUUCAAGAAAAGCUUGGACACAAUGCAAGAAAGCAUAUAUUGAUUCUGUUUACUAGAGAAGACAACCUGGAGGGAAGACCCAUUCACACCUUUAUUGAGGAGAAUCAAGAUCUCAGAGAAGUGGUGAGGAAUUAUGAGAACAGAUUUCAUGCAUUUAACAACAGAGACACCAGCAAUCAGACUCAAGUGGAUGAACUGCUACACAAGAUUGAUGAGAUGUACCGUAAAAAUAAGGGGGAAUUUUACACAAAUACUGCAACUGACAAACUGAUGAUAAAAGUGUUUUUGCAGCUUAUUCCGGACGCCUCUUCGCCAGGGUCCUCGCAGCUGACUCCGGACGCCUCUUCUCAAGGGUCCUCGCAGCUGACUCCGGAAGCCUCUUCGCCAGGGUCCUCGCAGCUGACUCCGGACGCCUCUUCGCCAGGGUCCUCGCAGCUGACUCCGGACGCCUCUUCUCAAGGGUCCUCUCAGCUGACUCCUGAAGCCUCUUCGCCAGGCUCCACGCAGCUGGUUUUUGGUCUGAAGUCGGCGCUCCUCGAUGGCGCUUUUGGUCUCAAGUUGGCGCCCCCCGAUGGCGCUUUUGGCCUCAAGUUGGCGCCUUCCGACGGUGCUUCUGGUCUCUCGACGGCGCUGCCCCUCGUCGGCGCUUCUGGUUUUCCGUCCGCGGCCUGCGUUCCAGCAUUUUUGUCAUGCCUGCCUCGGAACUUUUUAAAUGACUUCAAAUUUGCCCCGCAGGGCCCAGGACCUCCUUGGUUUUGUUUUCUUUUUUGGUAAAGGCACUCCGGGAGUAGUGCCUUUGUCUCCUGCCACACCCCAUUCCUGAUUGGCUCUUCUGGGCUAAUUAGCUCCAGCUGCUCCUAAUAAAAGGAGGCAGCUUCUCUACAGACUCUGAGAACUAUUGAACUGAACUGGGUUUAUGGUGUGGAACUCUGUUUUGGACUCUGUUUGAAGGUUUGUUACUAGCUUGUGUUACUAGCCAUGCGCUUAGCUUGUGUUUCUAGCCAUGUGCUUAGCUUAUGUUACUAGCCGUGUGCUUAGCUUGUGUUACUAGCCGUGUGCUUAGCUUGUGUUACUAGCCGUGUGCUUAGCUUGUGUUACUAGCCGUGUGCUUAGCUUGUGUUACUAGCCGUGUGCUUAGCUUGUGUUACUAGCCGUGUGCUUAGCUUGUGUUACUAUGUAAAUAGCACUUGUCUUCAUUAAUAAAUAUAUCCUUGCUUUAGUUCACAUCUCUGCGUGUGUCCGCCCUUUUGUCUAGCCGUAGACCCCCUCGUGACACAUGACAUUAAAACCAUGAAACCUGCUAGAGUUUUUACAUCCUACAUAACCAGUGGAUAUUUAAUUACUUUAAAUCUUUUUGUUCUUAUGAAAUAUAAUUUGCUUUUUAAAUGUUUUAGCUAUAAUUGUAGUAUAAAAUGUACAUUGAAUUGAUCAUAUUUAAAGGUGUGUGGGUUAAUAUUGUUAUUACAAACGAUGUAAAAAAAAUCUGUUCAGCACAAUGAAACAGACUUGCAUUAAACAUUCUUACAACUGUAAUCUCACUGCUCGCAAAUGCAAAAAAAAAAAAAAAUUUUACUUUAGAUACUUUGAUAGAUC